CAUCUAUUGCGCGGGGAAUCGAGAGCCAACAUUGGCGUCCAUGGCGAAUAGGUUUCUUCAGGCCUACAAUACACCUUUUCCGAUAAGUUUCCCGAAGGAUUUUCCUUUACAUUUUCCUCGCAUGUUUUACGCUUCUAUUGACUCCAACAAGAUGCAAGGGCUUCUAGUUUCCAGAAAGCAACCCAGAUGGCAAUUGAACAGUCCAAAGGAGAGGGAGCUUCAACUUAUGCUGUCUCCUCUUACAAUGGGAGCUUGUUGAGGAACCAAAUUAUUGAAACUCAUCACUCUGAUGAGCUUACAUUUGCUUUGAAGCCUGUUCUUGACAUAAUUGAGGUCAUAUUUUCCCGUACUACAACUGAUCUCCAUGGAAAUGUUCAGGUGUUUUCAUCACAGGCGAGUUUAGCCAAUGAGAAAGUGCUGUAUUCUGGCCACCAAGACAUAUUGGUUGAACUUCCAAUUAUAACUGCUGCAGUUUCCCGCGAGGUAUUUUGCAAUUGGUUUAAGGGGGUUGCUGCACACAAUACGACAAUGGACAUACUACACAUCAUCAAACAUUACAGUUGGGAUGCGAAGCUGGUACUUGCAGUUGGAUCUUUUGCCAUGAGCUUUGGUGGAUUUCGGCUGGUAUCUGAGCUUCACUCUACCAAUCCAAUUGCCAAAGCAGUUGCUCUCCUUAAAAAUUUUCCACAAACGUUGGAGUUGGCAGGGAUUUUGAAAUCAAUGCUUGAGGCUAUAUUUCUUGUGGUCAAGGCAAUACUUGAUAUGACAAAGAGCGUUAUAGAAUUAUAUGAGCUUUCCCACAAUGAAUAUUUCACCGCUGAAUCACCUGAAAUUAUAGCUGCCACUGCUGAUAUCCCAACUGCUGUUUACUGGACCAUCCAGAGUACAGUGGACUGUGCUUCACAAAUUAUGAGCCUCACAGCCAUGGACCCCGAAUACUUAUCCAAGUCAUGGGAGUUAUCAUCUUUGGCCCAUAAGCUUGAGAUGAUAAGAAGCCAACUUGUGAAGCAAAUCAAUCUUUGUUAUAAAUUCAUUGAAAAGAAGAAAGAUGAUGAAAUAUUCAAUUCGAUGGCGAGAGUUUUGGAAACAUCACAUAUUGAUAACUCGAUAUCCCUCAAUCUUCUGUUUAGAGAGAAGGAUGGUUCUCAACCUAUGCUCUAUGAUUGCCUCCAUCAGAAUUUGGUUCCUAUUGAAGAUCUGAAGGGUAAGGUUGUGGGGCUGUACAUUACAGACCUCAACAUUGUCUCUGAAGAUUAUUUGAUCUUACAGCAAAUUUACCCUGAAAAGCUGGAUGACCGCAACAGAAUUGAGAAUCAGUAUGAAAUAGUUUGGAUCCCUGUUAUGGAUAAUUGGACAAAUGAUAAAUACUGGCAGUUUGAGAACCUGAGAGAUCAGAUGGAAUGGCUUUCAGUGCGUCAUCCUUCUCAGGUAGCACUGCAGGUCAUCAGGUACAUCAGGGAGAUAUGUAACUUUGUAAAGAAACCACUUCUUGUGGUGAUGGACACUGACGGCAAAAUCGUGCAUAAGGAUGCAACCCAAAUGAUGUGCAUUUGGGGAAAUCAAGCAUACCCUUUUAGUUUGGCCAAAGAGAUGUCACUCUGGCAGCAAAGAAAUUGGACGAUUUCCCUUCUUGCUGAAGGAAUUGACCAAUAUUUGCCCACUUGGAUUGAAGAAAGGAAACAUAUAUGCUUAUAUGGAGGAGAAGACAUGGAAUGGAUUCGGAGUUUCACAAGAACUGCAAAAGCAGUUGCACUAAGAUGCGGGAUUGAGCUUGAGAUGCUUUAUGCAGGGAAGAACAGAUCUCGUGAAAGAGUUGUGAAAAAGAUGAUCAAUGUUACUCAACGAGAAAGGCUAAGCAAAGCACUCGAGUGGAAACUCAUCUCAUACUUCUGGCUAAGGAUGGAGAAGAUGUGUGUGUCUGAGCCCCCCCCACUGGCCAUCCCAGAAGAGGAGGGAGUGGAUGAUGAGUUUUUCAUGCCAGAUGAUCUUUACUUUGUGGCACCGGCGCAGGGGAAGAUGCGUCAUUCUAUAUUCACUGGAAUUGUUAAUAUGCUGAGUUUUGGCUCCAGCAGUAAAGGGUGGGCGGUGAUCAGUGGAGAUACUGAGAAAAUGCUGUUUGAGGCUGAUGGGGAGUUAUUGUUGAAAGCUUUGUUUGAGCAUGAGAAGUGGAAGGAGAGAGCAGAGAAUGAUGGCUUUGUAAGAGCUCUUGAAAUCUACUACCACCAGCUUUGCAAUGAUCUCCCACACUGUAUUAGUUUAAUACUGUCUGACACUGAACUUAAGGGAAUAUCUUGUGCUGCUUGUAACAAACCGAUGGAGAAGAUGGUCAAGUACAGCUGUUGCACUGAUAGAGCUUCAUUUGGAUAUGAUUAGCACGACUAGACUCACUAUACGUACAGUGACAGUCUUUGUUCACCCGUGAAGUUUUUAGUGAGCAAAUAAUAAUUUGACUGUUGUAAUUCUAAUGCAAACUUAAUAAUUAUUAAUUCUCAAUGGCAGCAUUUGUGAAUUUGAUAUCA